AUGCUCUUAGGGAAGUCAGAAAGUAUUCAAAAAGAAUUAUUGGGCUCCGAUAUUUUUUUCAAAAGGCAAAAAAUUUGUCGGAAAUGUCAAUACAAAAAAACCGUUGCUUAUGGACAUGGAGAAAGUGUUUCUGAAAAGAACUGUGUGAGUAGCUUAUUUGUAGUGACAUUUCCAACAAAGUUUUUGACUUUGAAAAGUGCGGUGUUCCAAUUUAAUAGCAGGGGAAGAGAAAUAUUGAGACUUGAAUCUACAUCUCUGAUGGCAUCUCAAGGCAGAUCUCGAAGAGAGGGCAGAAAAUUCUGUACCAAGUCUCCAAUUAUUACUAUUGAUCCCAAAAAGAAAGCUGGAGAAAAGGAACCUGUUGAAGAUCAACCUGUAGAAGAGUAUGACUGGGAGCUCUUGGAUUGA